UUCUCUGCCAAUGCCUAUAAAACCUUCACCCUCAACCUUCUAAUGGAAGCCAAAAAAAACUCUCUUUAAUUCUCCACAAAAGAUGGCUGCAGCCAUUCAACCUCCGCCCCACACCACCAUAUUCUUCUCCACCUAUCUUCACUCUCUCUCCCAAACCCCUCACCGACUCCGAAAGCGCAUGUUAGCAACAUGGACCCCAGACCAAGAGCUCAACCAAGUGAGGCUAAGGUCAGGUGCAGACAUGAAGAGAAAACUGAAUUGGUUUGAUUUGGUAGCACUUGGCAUCGGAGGGAUGCUUGGGGUCGGCGUUUUUGUCACCACCGGCCACGUUGCUCUUAAUAUCUCUGGCCCUUCUGUCGUCAUAUCAUAUGUCAUUGCAGGUGUAUCCGCGCUUCUUUCUUCCUUGUGUUACACUGAGUUCUCCAUUGAGAUUCCGGUGGCCGGAGGCGCCUUUAGCUAUCUAAGAGUGACUUUUGGGGAAUUUGUGGGUUAUUUUGCUGGGGCAAACAUAUUAAUGGAAUAUGUGUUGUCAAAUGCGGCGGUGGCGAGGAGUUUCACAGAGUAUCUGUGCUGUGCAUUUGGAGUGAGUGAUGCAGACUCAUGGAGAGUUGAAGUGGAUGGAUUUGUGAAGGGUUACAACAUGUUGGAUUUCCCAGCUGUUGCUCUUAUUGCUCUUCUCACUCUAUGCCUUUGUCAUAGUACAAAGGAAAGCUCCAUGUUGAACCUGAUAAUGACAGUGUUUCAUGUGGUAUUCUUCGGGUUUAUUGUGAUUGCUGGUUUCUACAAUGGAAGUGUGGAAAACUUAGUAAAACCAGGAGGGUUGGCUCCUUUCGGAGUGAAGGGUGUUCUUGAUGGAGCAGCCAUAGUUUAUUUCAGCUUCAUUGGGUAUGACUCAGUUUCAACAAUGGCAGAAGAGAUCCAAUACCCUUCAAAGAGCCUCCCAAUGGGCAUUGUUGGUUCUGUUGUCAUUGUCUCUGCCUUAUAUUGCCUCAUGGCUUUAUCACUGUGUGUAAUGGUGCCUUAUGACAAGAUUUCAGAUAAAGCAUCAUUCUCCAUGGCUUUCCAAAACAUGGGAUGGAAAUGGGCAAGCAAUGUGGUGGGAGCUGGAGCAAGCCUUGGAAUUGUGGCUUCUCUACUGGUGGCCAUGCUUGGGCAAGCUAGGUAUCUUUGUGUCAUUGGAAGGGCAAGGCUUGUGCCUUCCUGGUUAGCCAAAGUCCAUCCUUCAACUGGCACCCCAUUUAAUGCAACUCUUUUCUUAGGGGUUUGCACGGCAUCAAUAGCACUCUUCACAGACCUGGAUAUAGUGUUUGACAUGAUCUCCAUCAGCACCCUCCUCGUCUUCUACUUAGUGGCAAACGCUCUCAUUUACCGGCGCUACGUCAUCACCACCACCAACCAACCACUCCCAACCCUCCUCUUCCUCUUCCUCCUCUCCACCGCCUCUCUCGGCUUCUCCUUAUCAUGGAAGCUCAACCAAAAGUACUACUGGUGGGGCCUAGCAACAUUCGGCGGCUUUACUAUCGCCACCACCUCCUUCUUCCACUACAUGGUCCAUUUCCACUGCCGCCACCUACCCCCACCUCCGGCGUCCAAGUGGUCAGUGCCUCUCAUGCCGUGGCCGGCCGCCGCGUCGAUUUUCCUUAAUGUUUUCCUUAUGACUAGCUUAAAGAGGUCGGCUUUCCAAAGAUUUGGGGUGUGGGCUUGUCUGACAACUUUGUUUUAUGUGUUGUAUGGUGUUCACUCCACAUACCAAGCAGAAGAAGUGGAUGAUGAGGUUGGUGGUGAUAUUGGAAUCAAUCAUACAAACUCAUCAACCCCACAAGUUACUAAGGUUGAUAUACAAGUGCUUUCAUGAAUAAAAAGGAGUUGUUAUGUUCUUCUUCCUA